AUGUCAGACCCAAGAUCAAAUGACCGCGGCUACCAGAGCAAAGUCUUCAGGGAUAAUGGUUCAAAUUUCGCAGGGUCCGCCCUUCGAGAAGUUGAUAUCCAAGUCUUCAAGUCGGAACAAGCGCAGGAGAGAGUCCUUGCCGGCCGGGAUAGAACUAUCGACAUCCUCCAGAGUGAAUUGGAAUCCGCUAGAGACAAGUUGAAAAGGUUACAAAAUUCAAGGUUCAAAUCCGUGGAAAGGGAGCUGGCCAUGUCGGACUCGAGCCUCGGAGAAAGAUACGAUACUCUAGUCGGUGACAUAAAAUUUAUAGUCAUAAACCUUACAAGGUCCGUCGACAGUAACCCCACGGAUAUUUUGAAUGCUUUGCAACAAAAUGCUGUAUACCAGGAGGGUCUUCGACGUUUACUGGAGCCAAAUGUCACUGUUCAGGAGUUUGUCAGCUUGUUAGAGAAAUCGGACUCUCCAACUAAACUCUUAGCAUUCAUCAUCCGAGCUAUAAUCCUGAAUACUCUUCGACUGAAGCUCUUUAAUUCGAAUGUGUUUCUGUGUAUAGGAGGGGAAAACUGGAAACAACUCCGAGGGGUAUACCGUCAUCUCCUGACCGCAGGCCUUGACAUUCACGGUGAAGAGCCCGAAGUUCUGGUUGAGCCUGGGGAUGAUAGAUUCCGACGAGAUGCAUCCUUAUGGAGAUCCCAAACCCUCAUUACUCUUGAUCGAAACAAAGAUCGUUUGAAGCUUGGAGAUGGUCAAAGUACUUUACUCGACCACCUGGUUUCGGAUAUCGAAGAACUUCUUACGCCCCUAGUUAAGUCUUCAACACAAAAAGAAGACCUAAAAAUUAAUCUCAAGUCGUUGGUAAAGCUCGCCGCCGAAUUGUCUAUCCAGCUUGGAAAGCAACGAGCAAUGUUUGAAUUAGAACCAAAACGGUACAUUGGGCACAAGGUCCAAAAGGGCAUGGAUCAGUUCGGGCCAUGGGCACCUGAAAACGAGGGUGAAGUUCAGGCCAAUCCAAGAGAUAUUCUAGUUGUCAUUGCUCCAGCAUUGUUCAAAUUUGGAAAUGAUGAUGGAGAAGAAUUCGAGCAGUACAAGAUUGUAAGGCAAGCGCAUGUGCUAGCGCUUCCCGCAAAAGGUUCGGAAGAACCUAAACCCCUCGUGGAUACAGUAUCUACAGUAUCUACCACUAGCUCUGCUACAAACACUGAAGCCCCGCCUCCCGAAACCACAAAAUCUUCACUCCCCGGCGCAGAACCAGCUGCCGACAAUCUAUCUCUAACCCCAAGCAUUGUCCACCCGUCCAACGAAGCUGAUGUUUCACCACCUACAUCCCUUUUAGGGGAUGACUCUGAUCAUGGGGCUCCCACGCCUCCUGCAACAGACGACCAGUCGGCGAUGGAGCCACCAACAAGUACUUGUCCGGGAAGGAAGACGCCGGAGCCUAAAGUACGGACUGAGGACCUAUCAGCAGUCGAUACGCGCAAGAUGAGGGAUUCAAGUCAGAAAACCGAUACAACUGUUAGACAGAGGUCACCUCUAAAAGCAAAGGCUGCAAAAAAUCCGUAG